AUGUCAUUCAACGGUACUCAAGCAAACACUUUUAACUCGACUCAGUUUGGAACAGCUAAUCCGGAGACCACCCAUGCCGGCAUACCUCCGUACAAUCCCACCAGCAUUGGUUUCCAUCUGCCAGUCGACAACCAUGUCAUGUUUGACUUUUCACAGCCCCGCGGACAGAAUCAUUUCAGAAGAAAUGGUGGUUUCGGCGUGAUGGGCAACGCUCCGCCCGCCUUUGGCGAGGUCUACAACAUUGACCAAAACCUCGAGGCACCAGGUGUUCGACGUCAAGCCAUGCCGAGCUUUGAUCCUGUUUCCUAUGUCAAUAGCGAACCCCUUAUCUACCAUCUUGCCGGGGCAUGCCUAUGGACCAUGGCUUACACGGGGAACGUCCGCACGGUGGUCCCCAAUACCCCGCGACGCAACUUGAUCGGCAUGCAGCGCGACCCUUGCAGCGCGGCCAGGGAGACUCUCCAAGUGGUCAUCGCUCGCCUCAUUCACAAGGUGAUAUUCCUUGAAUAA